AUGACCCCUGUCACUCCUCGGCACCGGGGCGCGUCCUUUCUUCACCCACGUAGCGCAUAUAGCGGCCGUAGCUCACGUCGCUCUUCGGCCUCAAUGUCUGGAGCUGAGGGACGGAUGCGCGUCCGAUCUCAGCUUUCCGACCCUUCCAUCCUGAUUCCCGCUACCUCCCAGACAAGUGACAGUGUCCAUCAGUCGACUUUGGACGAGUCGCUCCUUUUGGGUACAUCAGCCAUUCAAGAUUCCGAUAGCAGUUACCAAUGGGGUGUACCUGGCGACGUCGUUACAGUACGCGAAGACCCCCACUACCCUGAUAACCAGAACAUGUUCCCCGCAAUAAACAUAGAAUCGACCGCCCCCACUCCAAUUACGCUUCCUGACGAUGACAUGCUCAAUCUGAGCCUGUCCCCAAAUAGCUCUGAGUCUAAUCUUCGAUUCAUCCUCGGGGUGAUACAAGGCAAUUAUAGCCGUCACCCAAACCCCGAGGCAUACGUCUCGGAGCUAGCCCGUUUUGCUUUCCCUCAAGAACCUCAUUCACCAGCCACUUCCCCAGCAAGAGGUGAUUCCUAUCUUUGUUUGAUUUGCGAUCCGCCUCAGGCAUUCGGGACGCCCGGGGCAUUCAAGAGGCACGUCAACGAGCAACACCAGCCUAAAUCGCACUUCCACUGCAGGAUAUGUAACAGGUUUAGACAUCCCCGCAAGGACAAGUUAAGAAGCCAUCUAUGGAAUGCCCACUCAAGAAGGGCUAAUAAAGAGCAAAUUUCGAGGUGUGAAGUCAUGAAUCCUGUCCCGCUGGUUUGCAAUAUAUGUGCCUUGCAGGGUCGUGGAUAUCAUCCUGGCCCGUUCGAUUCAUGGAACUCCUGGUAUGAGGCGAUAAGAUCCCAUUGUCGCCGACAGGCACCACAGCCGCCACCUCCAGCAUCCAGUCAAUUCUUUCCCGAUAAUGAUGGCGGUGGAGCAGGUGGGUACGGAGGAGCAACUGGUUACGGUUCAGCAUCCCAUGGAGCAAGCCCAAGUGGGAGCUCUUCCCUUCCUGGAAACGACUGGAAUAUGGGCACCAUUUGGUCAGGGGGGCCUCAUUAUGGGCCCACUUCAUCUAGAAACGCGGUUCCUCUUGAUGCUUCGGCUGAUCGACCCAGCUGUUCGGAUAUCAAACCUACUCAAGAUGCUACUCGCAAUGAUUUGAGCAAGGAUGGCGACAGCAACCAGAACAGCCGACAACUAUUCCGAGAUCCGAAUAUUAGCCAACGUGACCGUGCUGACAAAGACACUGGCGUCAGCAAAGGGCAUUGCAGUCGUUGUAACCAUGGGUAUGACUCCUGCCCUGGUUGUCCGCAGAAACGUAUCCCAGGGUACUGCCAUCUUUGCAGUGGCCCGGCCACCGCCGUUGGUGCCGACCACAACUACCAGUCGUGUAAUCCCCCCCAAAGAAAAGAUCCUCCUCUAGCAAGGCUAGUCCAUGGUCUAUCCAAGCUAUCUCUUGAGCAUCAACAGACAGUAUCAAACUCGGAUGUUCCCAGAAAACAAGUCCUUUCCAACCAUUCGAAGUCUGUAUACCGCAAUGACACUGUCAAUUCUGCUCAACCAUGGUCUUCUAUGACGAUUAGGUUUAUUCCAGCUGCGGUUAACGAGUUUAACCCGGUAUACUGUUUGGUGGUUUCGAUCAGCCGGCUUUCACUAGAAUCAAGGUAUAUGUCUCAACUGAUGAGAAUUGAUGAUUAUCCGAUGAUCACCGUCGACGCUCUCAUGACUGGGCAAAAAAUGCUCAAAAACAUCCAUGAGAACCCGCCGGGUUCAAGUGAGAAGCUAGUUAAGCAGAUUAGUCGUUGUCAGACCGCCCUAACCGCCAUUGGAUCCGAGAUGUCUACUACUCCCUCUCAAUAUACUGCGGCCCAGAAAGCUCGUCAGAAGAGACUUUCGUCGCUAUGGGCUCGGCUUCGUGCAGUGACCUUUGUGCUGGCGCUUCAAAAAGAAGUGAUAACCGACGAAAUACAAGAGGGACCUCCCUUGGAUAAGAAUACCCAGCCAACUCUUCUAAAAACUAUCGGGAAAAAUAUUUCUCCGUUGGCGGAACUCGGUUCUCUUUUCCAAUUGGUGUACAAGUAUUUCUACGGAGACUUUUGGGCCUCGUCUGGUCUUCUUGGGGAUACAAAGAAGUUAGUUCUUGAGGACUCCUCGAGAGUAUUCACUUUCUUGCGUGCUGUGGUGAAAAGAAUAUCUGAUCCGCAGGAGUCAUUUUUGAAAGAGUAUGCCGCGACCGAGUUUUCUGCCUUUAUAAAGGACAUACUCUACUAA